GCAAGCCGUUUUGAAAAUUUGGUACUGAUUUAUACCAGUUUUUUGACAGCAAUUUUUUUUAUUUGUUUUGCUUUCAUUUCGUGUUUCGCAAAUGCGAGAUUUUUUCGAGGUGUUUCUGCUCUGUACUUGGAACGGACUGAAUUUUUAUUUUGAGAAAUUCGAGGACAUUAAAUAAGUGAUCAAUUGCAUUCUAAAGUUCGAUAAAGCCUGUGAAACUGUUAGCUGGCUACAAAACGAGUAGGCAUUCCUCCACAUGGUAGCAAAAGGAGAAUCCGUGGCACCAGAACAGAUUUUAAUUCUACAAACCUGAAUCGAAUCAUUCAAUUAGUAGUCUAUUAUGAGCACCAGUGACGGAGUCGAUAUCAACGACGUGUUCGAUGAUUUGCUGCUAGUGGAGGAACGUCUCUCGGAGGAAAGUUACCAACGGGGGCUGGAGGCGGGCGCCAAGCAGGGAAACGUUGACGCCUACCAUUUCGGUUAUCACCGCGGGGCGGAGGUUGGUUCCGAGUUGGGAUUCUAUUACGGAGUGCUUUGCGCCCAAGAGGGAAAUUUGGCAGAAGAAACGGAAACACCAAGCAAGGGCGAACUUUUGCUCAAGGAGUUAAAAAAAGAAAUUGAAGAAUUUCCGACCGUGAACGAUCUGGAGGUUGAUCUGCUGGGGCGGUUGCUGAAGCUGAGAAACAAGUAUAAAAAGUUGUGUGUGCUAUUGAAGAUAUCUGCGAAGUACGUUAAACCGAAUGAGCUUUCGUUCUAAGUUGAUCAGAAUGGACGUGGUACGAGGGCAACUGGAGCGGCUGGUGGAAG